AUGGUUCCGGAAUCAUCAUCGGGUUUAUCCGGAGAUGAUUUUUCGUUGGAGGAAUUCGACAUUGAUUUCGAAUUCGAUGCACCGCAGUUCUACGAUUUCUUAAGACCAGAGCUCGAUUCAGAGACGGAAGAAAUCGAAUUCUGGUUCGAAUCAUCAGGAAACUAUCCUCCUUCUCCUUUUAGCCCAAAGUUCAAUUGGAAAUUUGAGCCAAUUAUCCCAAUUACAAGCACCAUCUCAGAAUCUAAGCCUACCGAGAUCUCAAACCCGGUUAUCGAAUCCUUGAAUACCGGUCUGAAUCCAAAUGAUAAAUACAACGGGUUUCUAUAUUAUAGCCAAACCGUGAAAGAUGUCUCCAAGAACAAACUCAAAUCUAAAACCAAACCAAGUGUGUCUACUUUGACAAGACCUACGGCUUCUUUGCUUGCAAGGCAGAACAAACCAGUAGACGUUUACUCUGUUCAACUCCUGACAAGAUGUCAGAGAUCGUUAGGAAAGUUUGGUGAUAACUUAUCUCCUAUCUUAGCCUCUAAGUUGCAAAACCAAGAAACCAAAAGGCAGAAACUGGAAACUAAGGUGGCUCAAGUUAACUCCAAGAGAAGAUCCAAACUCACUGUUCCAAAAGUACCGAAUCUCAGAACUGCAGAGAGAUCUGAAAGACACAGGUCUAAGGCUAACUUAGAAACAGAGCAGAAGGCGAAAUCAAGUUCUAACUCAGCUAAAAGAAACACAACGAACAAAAAUAUUCCUCUGGAACCUUCUUCAGCAACUUUGUUGUCUAAAACUAAUACGCCAAGGUCACAAGAUUUUCAGGCCUUUCGUUUAAGAACAGCACUGAGAGCAAAGGAACGCUCUUCAAAUGCUAAAAUCAAUGCCAUACAAGAGAAGGAUGCUACCAAAAAGUUAGUGAAAUUGCUUUGA